CCUACAUCCACCCCCAUCAUGAAAAACCCCAAAAAUCCCUCCAAACCCACCCUCAACCCCUUCCUCCACCCCAAUCCCACCUCUCCCACUCCCCCAUCCCCCAACUCCAAGAACACUCAGCCCAAGUACUACAACGGCCUAAAAGACUUCAGACUUCUGCGGGACAGAAGGAAGGUCAAGAAGAUGGAUUUGGGAGGGCACAAGCAGAGGAGUGGCAGUGGGGAGGAUGUAUCAAAAUCUCCAUUCACCAAUUUCUUGUAUUAUGAAAAGAUUGAUAGCCAAGAAGGUCUAGAGGAUAAAAAGAAAUCUAUUUUAAACUCGAAUAAGAAGGAUUCCAAUGCUAGAAGUCAAUAUUUUAACCAUAAUGCUACCUCAAAGAAGACUAAGAGCCCAGAUUGGAUGAAAUAUUCAAAAAGUAUCAAAAAGGGAGUUAACUUUAACACAAAGAGACAUUCAGAGCAUAAUGAUUUUUAUGAAUUUAGAAUGCAUUCUAACAUGAUGCUUGCUGGUAACUCUUCAAGAGAUAAAUCAAUUUCUGAACAAUUAGAAAGCAACUUCAAGCAUUCAAAAAGGGAGAAGUUUGUAAUUUGACAAGCUCAAAAAUCAGCAAAUAUAAAGAAAUUUGACCAAAACACAAGCAUCUAUGAAGCUACCAGCCAACCUCAAGUUAAAAAGAAAAUAAAACAUGAUAAGAAUCGGCGAGGAUUAAACGUCUUUUCACAAAGAAAUAGUCAUUCUGGCUUAACCCCUGGAAUUAAUUUCAAUAAUACCCAAUCUUUUGGAAGAAAUAAGGACCUGUAUUGAGCCAAUUGUAAGGCAAAGAAGGAAAGAACUACAAAAUUUUCACUUUCACCAACCAAGAUUGAAGAGGAAUCCUUUCUUGCCAGCUCUGAUGAUGCUGUCCAGAAGAGACUUAGCAAAAUAAGAAAUGCUAUCUAUUCUCAAUCGUUUGGCUCAAAUAACCGGAGUGAGCCGAAGAAGCAAAGUGAGAGUAUAGAUAAAGUAGAGGAACUUCUACAAAGCUUCACGAAGUCUAGGAGUGAGCAAACUUUGAAUUGAUGAAAGAACAACUUGAAUAAAUCAAAAGAAGAUUCUCAUAGGAUUCCUUUAAACCAAAGUUAUCUUGCCACGAAGGAGUACUUAUUCACUAGCAGCACUAUCCAGGAAGAUCCAAACAAUAAUAGCGCUCAUCAUUACUUUAAAUCAGGAGGACCUCUUAAUUUGGCUAAGAAAAAUGAGUAUAUUCAAAAGAAGAAAAGAAAAGUCCAUGAACACAUUCAUAGCCAGAGAUCGUAUGAUAGAAUAACUGUUCCUAAAAGUCCACCAUUAAAACAUCUAAAAAGAUCUCUGGAGCCAGUUCAGGAUAGCCCAGCAGCGAAAAGGAAUAAAAUGAGAAUUUGAAAGAAUAAAAAGAUCUUUAAUAGAGAAAUAAAAAAUAAACCUAGCAUGCAAAUCUAUAAAAAUAAUAGAAAUCUACUUUAUAAUCCUAAGUUAGCGCAAACUUCAUCUGUUGUUAAAAUAAAUUUGGAGUCUAAACUACAAGGGCUUAGAAACAUGAGCAAGGAACCGAAUAUUCUACCAGCACCAUUUUAUCAGAACACUUUUGCAGAUAAAUUUAGUCACAAAACUGCGAAUAAUAAGGGGCCAAGGAUGGGGGAGAAGUAUGGCUCAUUGAAGAAGUCAACUAUACAUUCUCUUAAUAAUUCUGUAAUAAAUCAAAAGAAGCUUUCAAGGAAGUAUAGUGGUCAUCCUAAAAUGAAUAAUGGAUCUCAAAAUAUUUACUAUGCACAAGAAAAAUAUCUGAGAAAUGGAGAUUUAGAAAUGAAUACAUCUAGAGUGCACAAGAGGAAAGCUAAGCAUUUACAAACAACAAAGAUGAAUAGGUAUAGUCCUCAUGUAAAAUCAGAUUAUGCUAUUCUCAAUACUAUUUCAAGUCUCGAUCCUGGUAAAAUGCUUGAAACAGAAAACUGAGAUACUGAAGAAGAAAAUUCUCAUAUAAAUGCUCCCUUUGUAGCUGAGGAGCCUAAAAUGAUACUGAAGAAGAAAUAUAAAUCGAAGAAAGGAAGUGACCGAAGUUCACCAAUAAUAUUUUCUCAGAAUCGGUCAUCACAGGAGAAAUUAAAGUUAAUAUCAAAGCCAAUACUUAUUAAUCUUUAAUUCUAUAAA